CGGAUCGCGUCCUGAGGCUCCGAACGGAGGUCCGCCGACUAGUAACACAAACACAUCAACAACGGCCCCUAUCUGACCGCCAUACUCGACAUCCAGGGCCAUUGUUCGCGCAGGGGCUUCAUCUCUGAAUGAUUGAUCAUGGCUGAUUUAACACCCGGCCAUGUGGUCACAUUAACCGACGGUCGGCAGGCCACCGUACGGUUUGCUGGAACCACUCACUUCGCUGCCGGAGACUGGGUCGGCAUUGAAUUGGACGAACCCACAGGAAAGAACGACGGAGCCGUCCAGGGAGAACGCUACUUUGACUGCGAAUUCGGAUAUGGCAUGUUCGUCCGACCAACUGCCAUCGCGGCCAUUAUUGGCCCUCCUGCAAAAGAAGCCAAACCGGCUGCGAAGGGGACCGCGAAUGCUCCGCAGACCAGAGGGCGGGCCCAGACUGGAGCUUCUGCGAGCGGACUGGGGAUCAAGAAACCGAGCGCUAUACAGGCUACGAAUACGAAAAGACAUAGUGGCAGCUCGGCCAGCCCGAGCCCUGCGGCGAAGACUGCGUCCCAGCGGUUGGGCUUGAAGGUACGUGCAUCGUGAGCUACGGAGCUGAUGGAACUGCUUGCUCAUUGACCUAGCAACCGCAGUCGCCUACAAAAUCGCAAUCGCCGACGAAGCAGCUAUCGGGUGC